GCUUUCCUGUGAAUGAAGCUGCUCUUUAAUAUAAACACACACUCUUACAGACGAGUUAGAGAAAUAUUACGCGUACACACAUGCGUGAAAGGCAGGACUCGCAAGCUUAGCACGCAAUGUGACCCUCUGAGACCCAGGUGACACCGAGUCGCUCCGCCCCGCUGGAAGAGUAGGAUGUCGGAAUGACGAGCUGCCGUGAGUCGGUCUUGCGCUCCAGCACCGUGUGGUUCCCCUCCGCGGUUAGUUUAUUUACAACACCAGCUGCCGUUCUGUUUCGGGUGAGGAUUUUUUUUUUUAAACAUCAUUUAACACGUUUGUGUUUUAUAUAGUUACGCUGUGGCUUUUACGGACCGCCCUAUUUGUUUUCUUCCAGUCGGUAUCAUCAGUUGUUGACACUGUCAGUGUAACUAACGGCUCAGUGCUGCUGGUAGCUUCGGGCUAUUUUUAACGGCAAACUGGAGACUACUUCAUGGAAAAGCGGGUUAGUUUCAACAUUUCUUUCGCGUUUGCUUCCCACUUAUUAUUCGGGAGUCAAUGUGGGCUCGUUAAUUUGUGCGCUACAGUACACAGUUGGUGGUACAUGAAGUGACAAGCCUGUCAUUGAACUUGUGUUGUGACUACAGGCUGCAAGCUAACUUUCAUCAACGGAAAGCUUAACAACAUGCCGCUUUAUUCUACAAGACAACCAACAACUGGACCCAAUAAUGAGGCUGUAAAUAUGCUUUUAACGGCAUAACUUAGCCCUCCUGCUUCUCUGCCAGGUGCUUUCCAGCUGGCUGUCCUCUGAGUCAGAAAUGAAGAAAGGCCAAAUAACCUCACUGUCAGACAGAAACUAAGCUCCCACUCUCCGAGAGACCCACGACCGAGAUUGUGUAUAAUUCCAUGCUCCUCCAUGCCUUUGUUGGCAUCUAAUGGAAGAAAAAGCACCAAUCAGGUCUGCCAUGGUAUCCAGACUACCUAAGUUCGGUGGACGCUCUUCGACUGGCGGCACUAGCCCCCUUACCAAUGGUUCUACACAGCCAACCACACCUACCCAGGAUGGGAAGACCACUUCCCCAGGAACACAUCCUAAUGGUGUGGUCCGUUCCUCACCUUUUUCCCUGAAAUGGAAAAGAGACGAGGGGUCGACCAACCCCACCACUCCCACCAGCCCUGGGGAUGGAGGUGAAGACAAAGUUCAGACACAGCUUCCCUCAUUGGCAAAGGAGGUAAAGAAUGGCUCUCCAGGGACACCUGUGAUGCGCAGGUCAGGCUCUUUGAUGAUGACAGUGUCCAGCCCAAAGGCUAUCCCUAAGCACUCUUCGAAGAUGAGUCCCAAAGUAGGGACAAAGUUAGGCCUAAGCCCAGUGAAUGGAGUUUCUAAAAUGGGCCAUAACGGCUCCAACAUUCCUGCUCGAACAGGUUCAGAGUCGCGUCUUGUGCGGCCAAGGUUAGGUUCCAGCUCUCCCAGAAGCAGCUCUCAAGACAGCCUUUCUCAAUCCAGUGAAAGCCUGAAGAUCAUGGCACUGGACAACAUGGUUCGUUCCAACAGCUUCACUCACUUCAAGCAAAUUCCCUCACCCACCAGUGAGCCUAUGAUACGGUCCUUCUCCUUUAACCGGGCUGUGGAGCUAGCCAAGCCUCUGGCCAAUACUCAACUAAGACCUCCUCGGAGUAGUUUUCUCAAACCUCCUCAGCUGAGCAAUGGAAGAGUGGGUUUAGGACUGAAUGGCGGCCUUGGAGGACUUCAGAACAAUAGAAGUACUUCAGCUGCUUCCUCUCUUCCCAGCCCCUCGGUCUCUCCAGCACCUGCAACCCCCCGGGCUCUGAAGAAGCCGCUACUCCCCAGUUGUGUCUUGACCAAAUCACUGGGAAAUAGUGGGGGACCUUUGGGUUACAGGCUGGCUCGAUCCAGUCAGGCCAAGCAACAGAAACCUCUUUUACCAGGUAGGGCCAAGGACGAUAUCAGAUUUUCAGCUGCCUCUGAAAGUGGUGGGCUAUUAGGUAUAGCAAUAGACAUCGAGCCAGCUGAAAAAGCAGAAUCUCACAGUGACAGUGAUGGAAGCUCAGGAGAUGGAGGAAGAAAAGGAGAAAGAAAUAGUCUACUUCGACAGAACAAUGGCCAGGCUGCAGGCGAGACCCUGGAGGACAUGUCCUUAUCUUCUGCCUCAUCGUUAGACAGAGGUGACACCAGUGAAGAGUUUCUAGAUGAUUUUGACAGUGUGGGAGAUGUGCUCAGUGAUGGGGACCUGCCUGACAACAGGAAAGCUGGUAACACUACGCACAACCCCCUACACAGCUUUCUCAGUGACACCAUCAACUGGGACACUGUGGAUCUUGCUGGACAAAAAGAUGACAGCCCUAUGCAGGACUCCCAGGAAUCACUGGCCUUGUCUCCAGAGCAGGGGGAUGCCCCCCAGGUUUCAUCUGUGGAGCUGUCACCCUCCAACAGCUCUGGUGGAACUUACAUGUGGGAUGAAGAGGGUCUUGAGCCGAUUGGGGAGCCUGGGACUCAUCCAUUAGACAGCUACGAUGACUCGGAGCUCAACAGCAUGGAUAUCCUUAACAACCUGGAUCCUCCGGGAACGGGAGAGUUGGAUGAUGACGACCUCAUGCUGGAUGUGGACCUCCCAGAGGAUGGCUUGCACGACAUUGACAGGAUGUCCCAUAUUGAACGCCCGGACCGGGGCAAUCGGCAGGGCCAGCGUCGUAAACAUCACCGCUGGAGUGGACCGGAUCACUUCAGCAAUGAUAGCAGAGCUCAUGUCUUCCAGCACUAUGAUGGUCUCAAAACUUCCAGGAUCUCCUCUCGGCCCAUUCCAUCUGAAGGCAGGCAACAUGGCUACAUGCCGAUGCUGGAUGAACUCACACUCGAACACAUGAGUCAGGACUGCAGCAUACUGAAGAACCAGCUGCUCAGGCUCAAAACGUUACUACAGCUUGAGGAUACAGAUUCUCCAGCAGAUGUUCCUGAGGAGAUUGAAGACAAUACCAAUGCAUCACAGGUGGAGGCACUGAUUAAGGAAGUGGAGGUGCUCAGACAGGAGCUGAGAAGUCGAGACAAGACCAUUGCUCAGCUCACAUUGCAGUGUCAACAGCUACAACAACAACAACAUCAGCGGGAACAAAUGGGACGUCAGGUGAGGUGUCAGUGCCACCACCAGAGGGCUCCCUCUUCUCUACGACAGAGCGACAGGCAGAUGGACAAACGGAUACAGCACCACUAUGACAAGGCCACUCAGACGUACUGGAGACCACCAAACCAAGCUCCUCAAAUACUACAGCCUUUCAACCCCCGUCACAACGAACACCUCCACCAGGGAAGACUAGUAAAAACUCCCCCCACCGUGGGCCGCAGUGACCUCACAAGGAGUAGAUCAGUGGAAGCACCCCAUUUAGAUGCUGACCGUCUUCUCGAAGCUCUUAUGGCAGAUGUGUGUGGGCCAGAAGGCUCUGACAAGCUGAGUCAUUUCCCCAGCUCCACCCUGCACUGCCUGGGUUCUUGGGCUCCACAGGGGAUAACUGCCAGAGACAUUCCAGCAACAGCAGCGCAGUCUGCAGCACAGCAUGAGUGGAAAGCCCCCGCUGUGAUACUGCAGAACUCUGCCGUCCCUAAAUCUACUGGUUCGACUUGCCCUCGCAUGCUGCAGCCUCCUCGUCUUCACAAGCGCGUGUCUCUCCCCGCACUCAAGCCAGGGGGCGCUGGUGGCUUCGUCUCGCUGAAGCCAGGGCGUUCCUCCGGGCUUCUGGCUAACCAGACCAAGCAGCUGCCGCCUCCCUCUAGAGGCCUUCCCUGCUUCAACGCUGGACCCCAGGUGCAGGCUCCCAGUCUGUGUCGUACUUCACUGCUUCAGCCUCGUAGGAUAUCAGAGCCUUGCAGGGAUCCACGGUGCACCAGCUCCAGCCUGGAGGAGCCCAGCCAGGGGACGCUCAAAGACCCUGGGUCAGCCAAGUUCUUGAUCCCUUUGAGUCGCUCAUGCCUCCCCAAGCCAAAGAUUCCCUGAGGAGCUUAAAUCCACCCUUCAAAACCGAAAACAGGAAUCACUCUGACAUCAAUUUUUCAUCCCAUUCUCCUCCCAGCCAUCAUAGCAGUGUGAUUGUUUCACUUUUUGAGUGUCAAAUGAACACACCUUGAACUCAUUAACCCCUACGGACCAUUCAGGGACUGCCUGUGUCAGUGACAUUGGUAUUGUGACUGCUGUACAGUAUUGUUUCUAAAUUAGUUUUCACAACUCCAUCAUGAUUGAUUGGCAGAGAUGUAGUACGUAGCAGCAUCUUAUCUUCACAACAAUGAUGUAUGACAGUUUUCAGAUUGAGGGGAUUUUAUGGAAGGAGCCCAGUUUAUCAACUUUGCACAAAUACAUGAAUGCUGCACAUUGAAGUUACAGUUCAGAGAAGUCAGAUUUUAGUUUUCUUUUGUAAUACCCAGUGGCUAAUGUCACAUUUUGAAGUCUAAGUUCACUCGUCCUCACACAGCUGUGCUCUCUGACACACGGGUGCAUUUGGUUUUAAACAUAGAGGUGACAUGAUUGUGGCCUUUGCUGUGUAAUAGAAGGCCCAGGGGAAAACAGAGGCAAAACAAGAGGGAAAGAAAGAAAAAAAGUCAAAGUGAAAUGGAGGGGCUGGGAACAGAAAAGCAAAUUCAUCAAAGACCUCUGGAGCUUGUCACUUCCAGAAUGAAAAUAUAUGUUUGUGUAAAAGAGGAGAACAGCUCCACACUGUAGUCGCAAAUCCUUCCAGUUCAGCUCUCCAGUCUUACAUACCGAAUGACCCUCUGCACAUCAUAGCAAAACAGGGCGCAGACCUUCUGAGUUAAAUGCACCUACGAUGGAAGCAUACGCACAUGAAAAAUAAUACCGGGCUGCUGGUGGAGAUAUAAUUAGGAGAAACAGUGUGCUAGUGAGAAAUUAGCUUUCAUAAUGUAGCAGAAAAAGAGCAGCAUAUAAAAGCCCUCAUGCACUUAAGUGUGCUCACAAUGAAAUUCACUCGUAUCCAUGUGCACACACAAAAUCCACUGAAGUGUCUGUAAUUUCACAGCUGCUUUGUGCAUUUCUUCGAUAAAAACAGCAACGAGUAAAAAGAGGUGUGAUGAGAGAGAGGAGGCGACAUGUAAAGAAGCUAAUUUAAUAUCUGAGUUGUAAAAUUCUUACUAUAAAAAUGAACACAACACAAAUAAAAUCUGACUGUAAUGUGAUUUAAUGUCACUCACUUCCAGCACAAAAAAAAUCACAAAAAAACUGAGAAUGUUUUAAGUGAAAAAAUUUGAAAAUGAGUAUUCUGAAUCAUUUAAGGCAUCAUGAAUUGAUGGAAACCCAGAUGGAGAAAAGUGACACUCGAUUUGAUGGAAAAUAAUUUUCGAGUCAAUUAAGUAACUUGUGAAGAGAUCUGUGUAGUUGAAUGUUUGUUUUUUCCUCCCAUCACUCUCCUCUCACUGUCUUGCAUGUCUCUUUGGGAACAUCAAAGGUAUUAGCACGGCAUUUUCAGGUAGGGAGCCUUCGGGGCUUUAGUGACGUUUCUGUGGGAGUUUUUGCAGAAUUGUGUUUAUCGCCCCUUUUGCCGUCAAACGCUCCCGAAAUGUCCCCGAACGGAGAGCAGCAGUGUGUUAAAAAGGCCUUCUGACAGCAACUCUGCUCUCUUCCCUGUCUGCCUCCAGCAGUGUCCGGUCUACUGCGUCCAAUCACGCACCCUACAUAGACACACACACAAGUUUUUUUAGAUGCACGUGUACAGGAACUCUGACAGAACUCAAAGAGACAUGAAACUCAGAGGGAACACACACACACACACAUCAGUUCACACUUCCCAGCAGCCGCACAAGUGCACCUACACACACUCUGAUCUAUAACAAAGUCCAUGAAAGUGGGUUUGUGUUGUUUUUGCAAAAUGAGCUCUCCAAGCGCGCACCGAUCCAUCUGUCUGCUGUAGCCAAAAAAAGAUGUCCAUCUCUAGAUUAUGCCCCUAAAAAAAAAGUCGAUGGAGGCUCGUGUGUGUUUGUGAGCGAAGAUCCAUGUGGCUGAUAAAACAUGUUUACCUGUUGGAUGGCUCAACAUUGUGCCAAACCAGCCAAGCAGUCAACACCGCUCCGUGAAGCCAAGAAAAACCCAUUUCUUUUAAUGAAAGCGGAAAUGGAGACGGGAGGGAGGGGGGAAGAUACAUACGGAGCAUCAGAAAGAUGCACAGCGAGAGACAAUAAAAACAGAGCUGGGAGGAAAAAAAGAGCAGAAAACAAGUGAUCAAGCAGUUAAGGUGGUAAUGAUCAAGAUAAGCUGUUUUCUGUCAGAAGUUAUUGUUUGUGAACGGCUGUCUAUAAAAUGUCGGGGGGGUGUGUUUAUCAGAGAGCGGGGAGAGAGGGAAUGCGUAGAAUGUUUGUUUGUCUGCAUUGUUGGGUCCAGAGAAUAGCCCGAUCCUUCAGCUGUGUCACUCACUGCUAAGUAAUGCCAAACAGGAAAUCAAUGUUGCCCGUUGUGCGUGUUUGUGUGUGUGUGUGUCUGUGUGCGUCUCCAGACACCUCUGGCUGCCAGUGUUCCCCUCUUGGAUGAGUGUGUGUGUACGUUUGUGUGAGAGAAAGAUGUGUCUGCUCAGGCCAAAGGCAAACCCAUGCCAGCGUAAACAGGGCAGUGCCAUCGUUUUCUCCCUCUGCUGUAUUCUCCAAAUCUAUGUCCCCGCUCAGUUUAGCAGUCAAGCCAAUCAGUCCUUGCUAGCUAUGCUAUAACAAAACCACAACUGGGCUUAAAAAAAAAAAAAAAAAAAAAAAAAAAAAGCUCUCUGCAGCAAACUCCGAUCAAUUCUAAUGCGGGACUUUGAUUUACUUUAUUUUGCAAGAAGGCCCACAAAUUAUAAAGCUGCAUUGCACAACGGGUGGGAAAAAAGGUUGUUACCCUGAAUGACACAGGACUGAACCUUUUCUGGCACCUAGCGCACAUGAUCUGUUUAUAAAAGGUGCUUUCCUGCAACACAAUGAAGAUGCACAUCAAUGGAGGCUCAUUACUUGUAAACAGGAAAUCCAUUGAUAUUUAGAGCAUACAGUCGAGCGAAUGCAGAAAGAAAGAGAAAGAAACAGGCGGCACAUUUGCAGUUUGAAGCCACUGGUUUUACUACAAAGUUACUGCUAUAUGCUAUAAUCAAUACUUGUAUGUUAACAAAGGAGCACAUAACUUAAAAGAUGUCACUUGUGGGGGCAAACCUGCAGAUAAUCACCACCUAACACCGUUCUCCUCAGCUUUAUCGAGCAUUUUAGCGCCCUUUAGCGCUUUCACAUGAAUGUUGCUUCCAGACGCAGCUGUUUUAUGACACAAAAAAGCUCUGACAAAACCACUAGCUGCCUAAAACCACACUGCAAAGAAACAAAUAAGGUCCCACGUUGGAGCAUUGAGCAGGAGUGGAGUCGGUGGAGACCAAAACGGAGCUUAAAGAAGAAGAAAUAUUGGAUUUGUAAAUAUGACGUCAGCUAAUGCUGCUUUGUAUGUGCUGAAGGAGUAUGCUGCUGUUUCUGCCGCUCCCAUGUGGCCAGUUAAUUUCAAGUUUAAAACCGUUAUCUGGAGACACUCCUGAUGAUGGUUUUGAAAUAAAAUGCAACAUUCAAAGCUGAAAACAGGCCUUCAGCUAUCUCUAGAGGAGCUCCGCUGUUCUACUUGACUUGUGGUUUGUGUGUAUUUGCAGCAGCAGACAUGGUACAGUCCACUGAUGUACUUUUACAGCAGUUUCUUCACUCGAGUGUUGCUCUUGUGUUCACCAUAGCAGAAAUACCAACUAGAAGUAUUAGCAGACGAAGCAUCAUAGUGUAGCUGUUCGUAUUUCUUCCCGUAUUAUGCAAGGUCACUGUAUUUAUCACUACCUAAUCCUCUACAGCUCUCAGCUGUUCAACACUGUCUCCAGUAUACUGUGCAAUAUAGUUUGAAGCAAAAAGAAGAGGGAAUUAUACAUUAUAUUUUUAGCAACCUUUUAUGCAAAUGGAAAAUAAAAUAGCAAAUACAGCUUUUUAAAAAUUCUAAUCUGAAGCACUUUAAAUGACAUUAAUGCUGAAUGAACAUUAAACUGGAUUUAGAAGCUACUUCAUUUGGUUCGCACAGUAGCUGUUUUGAUUUGUUUUUGCUCUUUUCAACUCUGUUUGAAACAACAUGUUUUCCCAGGAAGCCUCGUGAGACAGCAAUAAAGGUCGAACCAAAAAAACAAACAAACGGGUGUUUUGACUAAUCUUCCUUUGGAGCUUUGUCACCUUUUGGUUCUUUAAUAUGUCGCUUCCAUACGAAAUUGUUUACAUCUCCAGGUGUGUUUACCUUAAACUGUGGGCCGAAGGCAAAACGUUUAACAUCAGAUUGGAGGAUGGUGGCAUAGCAUCGGUGACACAAACGCAGCUGCUGAUCUCAGUUCAAGAUGAAAGAGAAUCCUCGUUUUUGUUCUCCGUUGUUCUCACUGUCUGCUGGUUGCAUUUCUGUGGAAAUAAAGUAUGAUUUAAAGAAUGAAA